CGACGAAUUCAAACUGUGCACAGAUCUGUCCUCUCACAACACUGACAAGGUCAGCAUUCAAGGACUACGCUUGGAUACUUCUGUAAGAGUGUGCACAAAGGCCAAAGAUGCCACCCCCUGCUGCAGGACCCGCGGCGGUGCCCCCGCCUGACGGAGGCUGGGGCUGGGCCGUCGUGGCCGGAGCCUUCAUCUCCAUCGGCUUCUCCUACGCCUUCCCCAAGGCCACCACCGUCUUCUUCAAGGACAUCCAGACCAUCUUCGGCGCCUCCUACAGCCAGGUGGCGUGGAUCUCCUCCAUCAUGCUGGCCGUCAUGUACGCUGGAGGCCCCAUAAGCAGUAUAUUGGUGAACAAAUAUGGCUGCCGACCCAUCAUGAUCAUGGGAGGCAUCCUUUGUUCCUUCGCUAUGAUUCUGGCGUCCUUCUGUAACAGCGUCGUCCAGCUUUAUCUGUGUAUCGGUGUACUGGGGGGUCUCGGCCUAGCCUUCAACCUGCAGCCUGCCCUGACCAUGAUCGGCAAGUACUUCUUCAAGAAGCGGCCCAUCGCCAACGGCAUGGCCAUGGCGGGCAGCCCUGUGUUCCUCAGCACGCUGGCGCCGCUCAACCAGUACCUCAUCAACUCCUUCGGCUGGCGCGGCAGCUUCCUCAUCCUCGGCGGGCUCCUGCUCAACUGCUGCGUGGCCGGGGCGCUCAUGAGACCCCUGCUGCCCCCUCCUGGCCAGCAGAAGAAAGACGAGGAGGCGCCGGUGGUGCCCGCCGUCACCAGCACCGAGAAGGUGACCUGCUUCCAGACGGUCAACAAGUACCUGGACCUGUCGCUGUUCAAGCACCGCGGCUUCCUCAUCUACCUGUCGGGCAACGUCAUCAUGUUCGUGGGCUUCUUCGCGCCCAUCGUCUUCCUGGCGCCGUACGCCAAGGACACGGGCGUGGACCAGUACUCGGCCGCCUUCCUGCUCUCCAUCCUGGCCUUCGUGGACAUGUUCGCGCGGCCCUCCAUGGGCCUGCUGGCCAACUCGCGCUGGGUGCGCCCGCGCAUCCAGUACUUCUUCAGCUUCGCCGUGCUCUACAACGGCGUGUGCCACAUCCUGUGCCCGCUGGCCGAGACCUACACGGGCAUGGUGGUGUACGCCGUCUUCUUCGGCUUCGCCUUCGGGAUGGUCAGCGCCGUGCUGUUCGAGACGCUCAUGGACCUGGUCGGGCCGCAGAGGUUCUCCAGCGCCGUCGGGCUCACCACCAUCGUGGAGUGCUGCCCGGUGUUGAUCGGACCACCUCUUGCUGGCAAACUGGUGGACGUCACGGGCAACUACAAGUACAUGUACUUCUGCUGCGGCUCGGUGGUGAUCCUCGCCAGCAUCUGGCUCUUCAUCGGCAACUUCAUCAACUACCGGCUGCUGGAUCAGGAGCGCAAGGAGGCGGAGAUGUACAAGCGGGCCGAGACGGAGGACCCCGAUCGCGACCAAGACGCUAAGGAGGCCGACGGGAACGCCGCCGCCGCUUCGGAGUCCCAGUCGGACAAACCUGACGGAGCCAUGCAGCGCGAGACCAACAUUUAGACUGGUUUGUUAUUUUUGAUGUUUUUUUUUUUAUGAAGAGAUUUUUUUGAAGACCACAUCCAGCCACACACAGACCCCUCUUUCUCUCUCUCACUCUGUCUCUCUCUCUGAACUGUGAUUAGGGGACAGUGUGUUGUGGGUGGGUCUGGCGCAAUGUAAAACUGCCAAAGCAACAAAAGGAAGACAACGUGUGACUGUCAGUAAUGCUGUUAUAUAAUUAUGCUGUAAGCUGCGUUAGGGACAGGGAACCGUUUUCACACAUUUUAACUUAUGACAAACAAGUGGAACGAGGGAAGUUCAGCUGCAUUUUUUUUGUUUUUUUCUGCUUUCACUAUAAGGGUGUGGUUGUGUGAAUUGGAGCAAUUCCUAGAUUGAUUCCCAGAACGAUUCGCAGAUACAGAUUCCUAGAAUGACUGACAUCGAUUCUCAGAUCGAUUCUCAGAUCAAUUCCCAGAUCAACUCCCAGAUAUUGAUUGACUCAGGAAAAGAUCCGGUUCUGUCCAGAUCCUGUCCAGAUUUGGACCAGGGGUGAGUUUCCCAGAACCUUUGCCAUGCUCAUUUAUAGGUCAUACCUGAGACAAACAUUAUUAAGCCUAAAAACGUUGGUGUUAGUGUCUGGAUGUAGGACGGUUACUCGGGGGAACUCUUAGAAACACAUGUAAGGUAUAUCAUUUAAAUCUUUCUGAAAAAGCCUAAAAUACUGGGAAACCCACUCUAAGUCCAUUAUAGUCUUGCAAUUUCUGACUAUUAUGUACUAUAGCUCCUUGAAUUAGUUCACACCACUAAUCUCACUGAGAACUAGCCAAGUCAUACGGUCCUCUUUGUCUCACUACAGGUCUAUGUAUUUCAGACCAGCAAAAAGAUAAGGCUUAUGCAUCACUUUUCAUGUUCAGGACAGGCCAGGGUAGAAGUUGAGCGCAGAGAAGAGAUGGGAGGAGAAACAAAAACAGGAAGGUAAUAUAAGAUGUGGACAGAGAAGAAGAAGAUAGACAUGCUCAGUGGCUUGUGUGUAUCGUAAAUAUGCUGCCCUUUCUUUGCACACUGUGUCCAGUGUGUGUAUGUGUGUGUGUGUGUGUGUGUGUGUGUGUGUGUGUGUGUGUGUGUGUGUGUGUGCGCGCGUGUGUGUGUGCGUGCGUGCGUGCGUGCGUGCGUGCGUGCGUGCGUGCGUGCGUGCGUGCGUGCGUGCGUGCGUGUCUGUAUGUUCUACUAAACGUAAUCUACCCCACAUGCUGCACCUCUUGUAUGCUGCACUGUUGUAGACUGCCAGUAGAUUCAGAUGAAAGACACGUGGGGCCCUAAUUUAAUAUGGUGGGCUAAGUUCAAAGUCAAUUCAAGUGUAAAUACAGCUAAUUUGAUAACAAGGCAAAUUCGUUUUGUUCAUUGUAAUGUGAUCUUCAAAAAUCCAUCGCAUGGUGCAUUCAAAAAUCCUUGAUUUUUAAAAAAAAAAGUUUCAACCCCUUCCUGGUGAAAUUUGACCAAAUUAAGAUUCUGAUAUCAGCCUAGCAGCAUUCUUGACACUGUCCCGUAGAAAAAUCCUGGAUACCUCCCAAAAUGGUGGAUGUUGUUAGGGUGGUAUCAGAAUUAUAAGUAAAAUUGCACCAUGUGAUGGGUCUUCCCAGAUCGCAUAACAAUUUAGUACUAUGAGCAAGAUCCUAAGAUGGAGCAUCAGUAGAUCAGAUCAGCGUUCCCACACUUUCCUCCUUGAGUGACUUUGCUCGUCUUGACCUAUCAAUUUAGGGCCCAAUGCCGUUCAAUCAGACUUCCUAAAAUGCGGUUGAAUGUAAAACACUGAAACGGCUGCAAAAGUAUGCAACAGUAUUCUUUCUGUAAGCCUUAAACAGUUAAGAUGCAUUCCUGACCAAAUUCGUGUUCAUCCAAAUAACAUGCUUCAGUGGCACUCAUCUGAUAAUUGUAAGUCAUUUAUAUAUCAGUGAUUGCUUGUAGAGACCAAUUUGAGAAGCUUCAUGAGCAAUAUGUUAUGUGGUAGUCAUGUUCAUAACAUACAUACAUUCACUUCCAUCGGAGUUGAUGGCUGAUCAAUGGUAAAUGGACAUUCUUGAGGGUCAUGCAUGAAUUGAUCAAUUGUAAAUAAAGGAUAACCUGUGUUAUGUAUGCAUUUUGACAAACAAUAUACAGUAUAGCUGAUGUCAUAUACCUAACAAAUGAUGAAUUAUUUAAUAAGGGGUUGACCGAUUGUGGUGUUAAAAAAUACCUUUUGUUAUUAUGAUUAAGGGAUUUGUUUGUGUAAGGGUUCAUUUGUUGUGGUCUACUUGAAUGCCAUCACCCAAUAAUGUACUUAAAGACAUAGUGCAACACACACACACACACAUAUUUUGAAAUACCUUCACAUAGGAAACCUUCACAAAAUAUGUCAUCUUUUUUUGUCAAAAAUGAAGAUGAGAUGAACUGGUAUAGUCCAGUUUUUAGGGUUGUGUGCAUUAUUGACAUAAGAGCAGGGGGUCAGACAGGAAUGUAUGCAACAAAUAGAACUUGAGAAUGGUUUGCAAGCAAGUGUAUUUUUGUGCAAUAUUUCAUGCUGACCAUUUGAACCAUGCCAUCCAAGCCAUUAACCAUUAUUUCAUGUUAUUACAUGUUUGCGCUCUCAUUCAAUAGUUUGGAAUCUCCUGUUAUGAAACGCUUUUUGCGUUACCUAUUAUUUCAGCUUUCUAGCUUCAGCUAUUCUAAAGCCAAGGUGACCAUAUUUCCCAUAACAGAAAUGAGCUCAUAGGUAACAUAAUCACUAAAUUAUAUUUCUUAAUCAAAGUACUGUACUUGCCUCUAGAUAUGAUCACCACUUGAAAUCACAUACUGUAGUGUUCUGGGUAGAUGCUGUUGGGAGAAUAUUUCUGUUGGUGCUUUUCCAAGUAGUCUUUUAUUGUACCCUUUAAGAGUCUCCUUGAAACAUGACAAACUUUUAAAAUUGCUUUCUUUAAACUACUUGAAACCUACUAGUGCUCACCACCUUAUACUUUCCAAGUAUUUGAAUAUAAUUUUGUAAAUUAAGGUGUAAGGGGAAAAAUCCAUAUUUAUGACUGGUGAUUCCAAACUUUUGACUGGUUGUGUGGCCAUAAAUACAGUCUACUGUGAUGACACUUUGAGAAAGGCAAAGACUGACUGUAAAAUUUUACACCAGCUAAACCUCUGCUGUGUUGUGCACACCAGCAUCUUACACAGGUCCGUAGUAUUAAUGUGAUAAAUUAACGCGAUUACUGUCAAUCAGUGUUUUAUUAUUUUGAUUUUUAUUAUUAUUUUUUUCUAUUUCAAAGUUGAUCAUGCUUGUUGUGAUUCGGAUGCUGUUUAAUUGAAUGUCAGUUUUUUCAGCAGGUAAGACUGCCCCCUAUAGGCAGUAGUGCAACACAGAAAAAAACACUUGAUGAACAACAUUGCAAUUUAGGAAGUUGAAUCAAAUUUACUUCAUUAUUUUCUUCCUCUCACUCUGGUUCUUACUUUAUUUAUAUUUUUGAAUAAUUUCAUUUUUAAUAGACUUUAAUAUGUUAUGAGCAUUUCACCAGUUCACACUAAUGUAAAAAAACAUAACAUGCAAGGCAGAAAAGACAAUGUAUCAUUAAAUCACUGUUUGAAUUUGUAACAUACAAGAGUUGUGGAUUUGUAAGAGAUUUAUUUUUGCCCUCCACAUUAUUAUUAUUAUUAUUAUUAUUAUUAUUAUUAUUAUAGCACUAAUAAUAAUAAUAAUAUGUUUUUGUUUGUUUGUUUUAAGAAGUCAAAUCAUGCACUGUGGCAAUCCUAUUUGAUUAUUUUUUAAUAGAUACAGUAUAUACUGCAAAGAAGAGUAUGGAAUGCAAACCAGUGCUUUGUCUUUUUGUUGUUGUUUUUUUUAGUAUAUUUUAAAAACAAUUACUGUAAGAAUGACUCCACUUUUGCACUGCCCUAUGGUUUGAAGGAAUGCAGGCUUUGGUGGUGAAGAUUUGAUUUGUGCCACAAUUGUAUAAGCUUUUGUGAAAUACAAAGAACAUUUCCUUUCCUUUUUGUUCGUUCUGUUUUGUAUUUUUGUAGGACCAAAAGGCCACUGUUUUGCUCGUUAUCACACUCUGAAAUAUCUGAAAUUAGUACAAAUUGAACUUCUAAUUAUAAUUAUGCACCAGUUAGCCUUAUAAAUAUUAAUAAUUUCAAAGACGUCUAUAUUUUUUAAAUUAUGCUAAAGGUAGUUCAUAAAACAGGGUUAUUGUGAUUGUGAUUAUGUCUCUAAAGUAAGUUAAAAUGGGUGAAAAUAUGGAUUUUUUUUUUGAAGUCACUAAUUAGUCGUCAAUAUUUUUUUAACCCCAGGAAUAAUUGAAUAAUUUGAUGUAACUCAUAUUCUCACUAAUCUCUGUGUGAUUACGGUCUAUGAUACAAUGUAUGUAGUUUUGUCUUCGCAUAUUUGUCCUUUAAUAUGUUAAAUGUAAUUAUGUACUCCAGUAUACUUACUUCAACUAACCUUUGUGCACUCAUAGCAAACCUAAAUCAAGGCAAAUAAUUUCUCUCAAGCAGUACUUCAGAUUUGAAAACCAUCAAAAUCUGAAAUAUUUGGUUAAACUGUUGCAUUUCAAGCUAUGCUGUUCACUUUUGACCUGUUUUCUUUCAAAUUGCAACUUGGACCAUUCAUUUAGUACAAUUUGUAUGUUUGCACAGUUGAUGAUAUUACAUUCUAAUGGACAUUUUUUGAAAAUUCUGAACUCCGACUCACAAUUUGUCCACAAUUGAAAGUUGACUUGUAAGCAGACUUUAGUGUAAUGCUUUCUGGAUUGACAGGCCAAUUUAAUAAUCUUAUGGUCAGAAAAUGUGCACAUUAGUGAGAAUAUGUUUUGUCAGCAAACACAACUAGCCAUUAUGUUGUUUAACACCACUAAAUGAUGGCUUCUUUGCUUUAAGUUCACUACUCACUUGAAAGCUGUCAUUGUCGGCAGUUGGCACUCAAUGUUUCACUCUCUGAAAUCAAAUGAAUGCAAUUUGACCAUACCCAAGAAUGUGAAUAUGAAAUAAAGCAAGUGAUUGAGCCUGCAGUGGAGCAGUGUGGCCCGCCAAAGACCAGGUGUCGGAGUAGGUUACUAGGUUAAUUAACUCAGAAUGAAAACUAGGCACAUAAAACAUAUAAAGGCUCACAGAACACCUGAACACAUGUUCCCCUAUAGGAUUAUGAGCGUCUAGUAGACCUGCUAGCAAUAUGGGAUUGAUUUAGCAUGCAUCUGUGCCUUACUGAAUCCAAAAAGUAGAAUAUCACUACUGCUUUUGAGUGUAUCAGGAAGUGACUAUUACAAAACCUCCCCUGAGUAGUGUUUUUCUUUUUCCUUAAAGAAGAGUAUUGAAAUGUCAGGUGAUAUUUGCUAAUGACCUCUCUGAAUCACGUCGAAGUUUACAAAUCAUUGUCAUCACGCGCACAUGUUAAGAACAAGAAGACAAGAGCAAAAAGUAUAAUAAGCAACGCCUUUGUCCUGAAAGAUUAAUUGUAAAGGUCCUGAAGGAAACAUCUGAAUGUCCUGUCUCAUGUGAAAUAAAAAUGUCCAUUAUCCCUACACAUUGUUGUCCCCUUAUAGCAAUCUAUCGAUCCCAAAUUAACAAAUGUGAUCCAUGUAAUUGCACCAAUCCCAUACACGCUCAGUAAAGAAUCACUUCACAGAUAAUCCUAAAGAAAUAUGCUUUUUUUUUUUUUUUUUUUUUCAUCUUUGGUUGUUGCACCUCUAGGUUAAACUACGUAAAUCAUUGUUCCGUUAAAUUAUUGCAUUUGAUCUUGUGUCUCCCACAGAUUUUUUUUUUUUUUUUAUGGGAUGUACAGUACUUCAGGGUGUGCUUUGGGAUUGAUAUAUUCAAAUGGGAGCUAACUUUGUUCCGUAUAUCUAAUAUAUCUAAUGUAUAUGUAUAUGUUAUACAUUGCUUCGUAUCAGGUGUCAAGUCUUGAUUGACACAGGGAUUAACUGUCAUUGG